AUGUUGCGCGCCUCGCUGUUUACUGCCCUCGUCUUCGCGCUGGCCCCGACGGUCACUGAAGGAGCUCUCUCCGUCACGUCCACGGAGCCGUCUCGUGCCAACGGCCUUAAAGGGGCCUUCAUCGAGAAGGUCUGGACUGUGAGCGGGGAAGACGGAGACGUGCUCGACGACCUCAAGGUCCAAGUCGCUGGCAAUGUCUUCGUGGACUACGACGCUUCUCUCCGCACGGCCGAGAGCGGAGUCGCUGCCAAGGUCGUCCUGCGCAGCAGCUCGCCGGACAUGCUCGACAUCGUGGACGUCAGCAUCCACAGCGCGGAGGGCAGCGGCUUCCGCGUCCACUACACGAACGAGAACGCUCGAGUGGCGGGCGAGAUCGUCACGCAGAUCAUCGUGAGCGACCCGAACGUGGUCUCGAGUCUGAGCGCCAUCCACGCGGACGGCAUCGUGGUGGGCGACGGAGUUGUCGUGGCCAACGAUCCGUCCGCCAGUCUGAACUUUGAGGUUAGCAGCGACGUCGACGUCUACGUGGGCUCCUUGACCCAAGACCACUACGAGCUGAAGUCCAUUGACAUCGAGAGCUCUGGCGACGGCAAGGUGCAGUUCCUGGCUUCUUCCAUCCAAGCCAACAGCCUCACCAUCUCUCUCACUGGAGACAGCAAGGCAAUCGUUGAGGCUACGGACACGAUCACAGUUGACUCGAUGCUGUCGUCCGUCUCGGGUGAUGGCAAGGUCUUCGUGCAGACGGCGAACCUCCAGGCCCAGACGCUCGCGGCGAGUCUGUCGGGAGACGGAAAGGUGUCGUACUCGUCUGCUGGGUCGUGCGUGAACGAGGCCAUUCGUUUGAGUGGAGACGCCUCCGUCUACGCCGGGUCCAUCGUCUGCAAGACCUCGACAGUGCAGACAUCUGGAGACGGCAAGGCCAUUGUUCAGACCACGGACACCCUCACGUCGGUGGGUGGCGGGUCUGUCAAGUACGUGAACGCGCCGCCGCAGCGCAUCGUGUCCAGCUCCAUCUUCAGGAAGCACAGCAACGUCAAGCCGGCCAAGUACAACAAGGUGAAGACGCACCGCCCAUCGCUGCCUCCUACCCGAGCGCCAACGAAUCUUACGAUCGUUCUCAAGGCGGCCUGGUUCGGCGAUUCGCCUCAUGUAAGCGUGUACUCGGGCUUGGGGAACUCGAUCGUCAUCGAUGGAACGGGCUUGGCGGUCACCGACUUCGCAGCGCAUCACCACCACAGCUUUGGACAUUUUGGUGUUGCUGUCGCUGUUGCGUUUGUGGCUGCCGUUGCCGCUGUGGCGUUCAAGCUCCGCGAACGUCAGACUCGUGAGCAGUACAAGCCGCUGGUGUAA